AGUCGUUUGACUUGAAAUUUUGUAUCGUCUGCUUAACAUCUAUGUUUACAUUGCUAGUUAUUUUGAUUUGUACAAAUAUUUGUGUUUACAUUUUUGUGAUGACUCACUUUGUGGAUUUUAAGCUGGAUUAUAACGUAACUAAUAGUGGGAAUAGAUACUAUCUUUCAAGUCCGCAUCCGUUACAGUAACAUGUUUCUGAGUAUACUAUGUUCACACAAUAUAUGCAAGCAUUCAUGUACACUGAUGACAGCUUAAUGUAUUUCAUUGGAUGCACCAUUUUAGAAAACAAGAGAAAACAAGGGAUAUUCCUGGAUCAAUACUUAAUCAGCGUUCCAACGGAUUCUUUUAUUUUCCGAGCGAGUGUGACAGUGAAUCGGCGGAGAAAGCCGAGUUGUCAAAGUGAGGCUUUAUAUUAUUGAACGGUGUGUUUACAAAAUUAUGCACGAACGUGGAUUAGGAAAUGAUGAAAUGGCUGAUGGAUCACUACCUGACCCCGCUCCCCCAGCCCCUACAGAUCCGCGGCUACCUCUAAACGCUAGACAAGUGUUUAAACUAAAGAAAUCAUGGAAAGGAAUUAAACGGAAUAUGGCAGGAACUGGCGUAGAAAUGUUUGUGCGAAUGUUCAAGGCAAAUGAGGAUACAAAAGUGUUAUUUGAAAAAUUUAGAAACAUCGAUACUGAAGAUGGCUUGAGAAUUAGUGAAAAUCUUGAAAAACAUGGAACUAAAGUUUUAGAAGUAAUAGAUGAAGUUAUAAAUAAUAUAGACAAUGUUGAUGAUGUUCUCCAGCUUCUCAAAGUGACAGGAGCAAUGCAUAAACGUUUUACUGGAUUUUCACCAAGCUAUUUUUGGAGAAUUGAAGAGCCAUUCCUGAAAGCUGUGAUGAUCACAUUGGGUGAUCGAUACACAGAUAACAUGGACGUCAUAUAUAGACUUCUAAUUAAAUUUGUCCUACAACAUUUAGACGAGGCACUGAAAGCUGAGUUAUCAUCCGCUAACAAUUCCACUUGAUGAUAAUGAAAACGAACUCGUUCAAGUGCUAUUGUCAAAACAGGGUUAAAGGCUUUAUAUCAAGAGACAUGAAUAUUGUUGCAAGAUAAGACAGACCAUGUGUUUGUUAGGAUUGGUUUCGGAAGAUUAUUAGAUAAAACACAUAUGCCGAGAAUCCUUCAUGUGAAUUCGUCUCAGCAAUAACAGAACAUUUAAGAUUAUGGUUUUAAAGAAGUUAUUAGGAACUACAUUCGAGUAUAGUAUAUAAUAUAGAAUAAUAUAUAAAUUUACGACGUAGAAGAGCACAAAUCUUCUUAAAAAUGUGGAUGAUUUAUACAUUUAUUAUUAGCCGACCAAAUGAAAACCAAUUGUCUUGUACCAUUUCAAGGAAUUAUCUUUGCACCAAAGUCGACGUCAUAACAUUUGUGUUUGCUGCCAUUUAUCUAGAUUUACUCGAACACGUGACCUUCGUAUGCUUUAUUGACAUCAUUGGCGACAUAAAUUAGUCGCAUUGCCACGUUGAACUAUUCAUAUUGUAGCACAGUAAUGCCAUGUUUGAUUUAGAACUUAAUCGUUUCAUAAAUAAUCUAGUUUUCGAAAACAAGGCACUUGAAAAAUAUAAAAAAUGUAAUCAUCAGUGAAAGUGUACAUUCUAAACGGCAAGUUUUCAUAUCACGGGCUUACAAUUUUAGGCUUAUUCAUACUGAAAAAUUAUUUUCACUUUUGAUGUUGGUAGUUUUUUUCAUCAUACCUUUUUGCUAAUUGCUGUUUUAACUCUAUCAGAAGCGUGAUGCUACUAAGCUUUCUGUUUUAACACUGGCCUAUCUUAAAUAUCAUUCAGGAAUAUGGAUUUUAGCGUACACAAAUCUAAGCAAUAUUUUAAUGGUGAUAUUAUAUCUAUUUCAAAUAAGUUAAUGCGCAACAUAUUUUUUUGAAGUUCUUAUGAGUGUUCAAACAAAUAUAUACAUGUAUUUUAUGUUCAAGUUUUAUCUUCACGAGGGUUAACUUAUUUUAUUAACUCUUUUUGUUUGGCAAUGAAAAUACUAGUUCAAUUCCGUUUCUUUGUAUCAAAGAUAUGAUCAAGUUUAUGUCAGAGUAUUUCCAUCCAUAUGAACUUUGUAACACCAAAAUAAACUGUGUAUCAUAUAAAACAGGCAAUUAGGAUUUUCUUUUGUGCAAAAUUCUUAAAACAUUCGUACUGGAAAGUGCAGGCCACCGCUCACGACCCCUAGCACCGGCUUAAGCAGAAUUCAAGAUGAAAUGGUAAAAAUUGGAAUUAAGAAAAAAUCCGCAGGUGUGUUCAUACGGAUAUUAUCAUGAAAAUUUCAAUAUGUGACACGUUAGUGACAAUCGUCCUCAGUCUUACUGACAAGUGAUCUGUGUGUGAAGAAAAGAAGAUGUCGUCUGCUAUGUAUGAUUUAAGCCGCGUCAUGACAAAACCAACAUAAUGCGUCUGCGACCAGCAUGGAUCCAGACCAGCCUGCGCAUCCGCGCAGUCUGAUCAGGAUCCAUGCUGUUCGCUUACCAACUCUAUUACAAGUAGAGAAACUGAUAGCGAACAGCAUGGAUCCUGAUCAGACUGCGCGGAUGCGCAGGCUGGUCUGGAUCCAUGCUCGUCGCAAACACAUUAUGUUGGUUUUGUCAUGACACGGCUCAAUUUUAAGAUCUGGUUUGUGUACAAGUUACUGUGAAUCAUCGACUGUCUACUGUCACUAUUGAUCAGUUUCAAUGUAGUCCUGUGUGUAUAACUUUAUGCAGAAAUAUAUAAAAACAAACACCAUAAAUAACUGAUUUCUUUUAUUAGUCGUUCAUAUAUUUAAGAAAUUUCAUUACGUUAAUGAAUGGACAGAUUCAAUUACAGUGAGUAACAAAGGUAGAAAAUUACAUUUAUCUUUUGUUGUGUUAACUUCGCAGAUUUGCAAUAUAGAUUAUUUGUAUCAUUCUAAGCAAUUGCCAUAAAUGCGUAUGGCAAUAUGAUAAAGUGUCAUGCUAGCAUUUCUGUCAUUUAAAGUCAUGAUUUAAAAUGGUUUAAAAUUGUGUUAAAAUCGUUUUAGAAAUACAUUGUAUAUAUUUAAGAAAUAGACUUGUAAUUAUCUAAUAUUUCAUAUCAUGUUCAUCGUAUAUGUACAUUUUGUUACCAUAGAAAAGAAAUAAAUUAAAAAAACGGUG